AUGCACGAAAUCUACCGCCAUGCCAAUCAGGUGUUUGUUGAUUUAGGCAAUCCGCCCGAUGGAGUUGAUGUGGCAGUCGAUCUGAUCCGAACUGCAUCCAAGAAUUUCCACGACAGCACCAAAUCUCAAAUGCAGCCUGACAAUGUUGCGUCCGGCCCUAUUCAUUCACAGAGGCUACCAAAGACCCAAGUCACCGUGGAACAGGCCCUCGCAUUGACUCGAUUCUCGGAAUUGACUUGGUUCAAGCGCCUGUGGGUGGUUCAAGAAGUCUGCCUGUGGGACGUGUACAAAGCUUUCCCGCCACUAUUCCUCUGCGGUGAUCGCAAAGUCCAGUGGAUUGAUCUCAUCAAUGCGUCGACGCAGUUUGGCUUGGCCCCGCUGCAAAUUAUCGACGACCCUGAAGUUGUAACCCCAGAACUCAGAGGCGCCUUCAUUGAGGGCACAGGUUGGAGUCCAGUUGCGGUCGCGGUCUUUCUCGAGCACUACAAAAUCAAAUCAAAUCAAGGUCCUGUUCAAAAUCUACAUUGGUUUCUGCAGCGCGCGUGGAAACAACAAUCGACCAAUCCUGCCGAUAAAGUAUACGGACUGCUCGGUCUUGUCAAAGAUCAAUAUCUCAUCAGGCACGCAAGGACAGCCACCCCCCGCCAGCAGCGGAAUGGGCCUUUAGAGAAGCUUGAUGGCAGGAGAGAGGUUCGAGUUGAUUACGAACUGCAGUUGCCGCAGAUUUAUGAAGAUAUAGCACGACUUACAUUGGAAGAGGAGAAUUCCCUUGACAUGCUGGCUAACGCCGGUUGCGGCAAAUCAAGGAGACAGCCUCAUUUGGCUUCCUGGGUGCCCGACUGGAGCAACUAUCCUGAAGAACCGGCAUUGAUAUUAGCGUUUGGACUCGUUUCAACGGCAAACUAUCGUGCUUCUUUGGGGACGCGACCUGUGCUACCCAAGAAUUACGCCUCUGGACUACUCGAGGUUGAUGCAUAUUUCGUGGACAGGGUGCUCAUAGAAGCCGCACGGUUCGGAGGCGAGACAGACGUGAUUGAUUUGUAUGGGAAGGCCGCAUUGCAGCAACAUCGUAUCAUCGGCUUAAAGCAAUACCUCUUGAGUCUAUGGUGGUGCUUCGGGGUCAAGUUCAACAAGUACCCAACGGGACAACGUCCUUUUGAUGUUUUCUGGCGGACGCUAAUUGGAAACCGGGCCAUAUCAGGCAAUCAGCUGGUUGUACCGCCGGCUGAAUUUGCGGAAAGCUUCCUCAUGGCAUACCCUGAGAUUCUCGAGGUUGAGAUCAAGGCCGAAAAGCCUGCGUGCAUCUGUCCCGGCUGGGCUGUUGCCGAUCAUCGGAACCAAGUCCAUCCGUGCAAAUCAGGUGACUGCAGCGACACAGAGCUCGAAGGAGGGAAGCCUCUUCCCAUCCGGGAUAGAUAUCCUCGCCCAGGCGAAUUCUUUGGAAGCGAGCAAGUGGCUUACGGAGAGCACUACAACGCUGCUCUUCGACAAACGGCAAUUGGGCGACGAUUUUUCAGGACAAUGAAAGACUACAUGGGUAUAGGGCCGAAGAAUCUCUCUAGAGGCGAUCAUAUCGUCAUCUUGAAAGGAGGCUCGUUACCAUUUGUGCUGAGAAAGGCGGACGCUGGCGACGUCGACGGCAGACCUGUCUUCACCCUGCUUGGAGAAGCAUACGUGCACGGUCUCUCCGAAGGAGAAGUAUUACAGGGUUCGGAGGAUCCUGAUAACGACCCUAAGUGGACUAGGGUCAUCUUGAGUUGA